CUUCUCUACAAGUGGACAUUGUUCCAAGCCAGGGGGAGAUCAGCGUUGGAGAAUCUAAAUUCUUCUUAUGUCAAGUGGCAGGGGAGGCCAAAUACAAAGACAUUUCCUGGUUUUCCCCCAAUGGUGAGAAGCUGACGCCGAACCAGCAGCGCAUCUCGGUGGUGCGAAACGAUGACUUCUCCUCCAGCCUCACCAUCUACAACGCCAACAUUGAUGAUGCUGGCAUCUACAAGUGUGUGGUCAGCAGUGCAGAGGAGGGGGACUCCGAGGCCACCGUCAACGUGAAAAUUUUCCAAAAGCUGAUGUUCAAGAAUGCUCCCACUCCUCAGGAAUUCAAGGAAGGGGAUGAUGCUGUGAUUGUGUGUGAUGUGGUCAGCUCACUGCCUCCUACCAUCAUCUGGAAGCACAAAGGCAGGGAUGUUAUCCUAAAAAAAGAUGUUCGAUUUAUAGUCCUGUCCAACAACUACCUGCAGAUCCGGGGCAUCAAGAAGACAGAUGAGGGGACGUACCGCUGCGAGGGCCGCAUCUUGGCUCGCGGGGAGAUCAACUUCAAAGACAUUCAGGUCAUCGUAAAUGUACCUCCUUCUGUGCGUGCCAGGCAGAGCACUAUGAAUGCCACUGCCAACCUCAGCCAGUCUGUCACCUUAGCAUGUGAUGCUGAUGGCUUUCCUGAGCCAACCAUGACGUGGACAAAGGAUGGAGAGACAAUAGAAGAGGCUGAUGAUGAAGAGAAAUACAGUUUUAACUAUGAUGGGUCUGAGCUCAUCAUCAAGAAGGUGGAUAAGAGUGAUGAAGCAGAAUAUAUCUGCAUCGCUGAGAACAAGGCUGGCGAGCAGGAGGCCACAAUUCAUCUCAAAGUCUUUGCAAAACCCAAAAUCACCUAUGUGGAGAAUAAAACAGCUAUGGAGCUAGAAGAUCAGAUCACGCUGACCUGUGAGGCAUCUGGGGAUCCAAUCCCUUCCAUCACCUGGAGAACUUCCACCCGGAACAUCAGCAAUGAAGAGAAGGCUUCGUGGACCCGGCCCGAGAAACAAGAGACCCUGGACGGGCGCAUCAUAGUGCGUAGCCAUGCCCGCGUGUCGUCCCUGACCCUCAAAGAGAUUCAGUACACAGAUGCUGGAGAAUACGUGUGCACAGCCAGCAACACCAUCGGGCAGGACUCCCAAGCCAUGUACCUUGAAGUGCAGUAUGCUCCCAAGCUUCAGGGCCCUGUGGCUGUCUAUACCUGGGAAGGGAAUCAAGUGAACAUCACCUGUGAGGUAUUUGCUUACCCCAGUGCUGUCAUCUCCUGGUUCCGGGAUGGACAGCUGCUUCCCAGCUCCAACUACAGCAACAUCAAGAUCUACAACACUCCGUCAGCAAGCUACCUGGAGGUGACACCAGACUCUGAAAAUGACUUUGGGAACUAUAACUGCACUGCUGUGAACCGCAUUGGCCAAGAGUCCUCCGAGUUCAUUCUUGUGCAGGCAGAUACUCCGUCCUCUCCUUCCAUUGACAGAGUGGAGCCCUACUCCAGUACUGCCCAGGUGGAGUUCGACGAGCCCGAAGCCACGGGCGGGGUGCCCAUCCUCAAGUACAAAGCAGAGUGGAGGGCACUAGGGGAGGGAGAGUGGCAUUCCAGGCUGUAUGAUGCAAAAGAAGCAAACGUGGAGGGCUUGAUCACUAUCACUGGCCUGAAACCUGAAACAACCUACUCUGUGAGACUCUCUGCUGUCAAUGGCAAGGGUGUGGGUGAGAUCAGCCUACCCUCCGACUUCAAGACACAACCAGUUC